AAUCUAUGGAGGGUUGCCUUAAGGAAAACCAUCUCUGUCUAAAGAUAGUGUCCGGUAAAGUAGAGUACAUACACACAUAUGAGAUGGCGAUGCUGUAGCAAAGGGACACAUUAAAAGAAAGCGUCAAGUGCAGGGUAGUCGAAUUUCCCCCAGAUUUGGUAAACAAUUACGAAAAACGUUGACGAAAGCAUUAGAAAGUUUCAAAAUCGCGAUAAAUAUGGUAACUUCCGGCAGACCUGUAACUUUUGCAUGUGCGGACCAAUGACCACCGUCCAAUGACCCUUGCUUAACCGUUGAUCGAAGAUAUGACGUAGAGAGUGUUGACUGAGUUUAGUGAAAAGAGCAGCUGUACAGUCACCUUGUAGAUUUUGAAGCUGUGUUUGGAAAGUGUUUUGUUGUUGACGUUAUUGAUCAGACGAUUCAAACGGAACCCUAGCGCGAUGGCGGAAUCAGUGCAAGAUAAUGUGGAACGUGGAGAUGGUGACAAUGUGAAAACGGAAAAUUUUUUCACCCUCAAAAAGUGGAAUGCAGUCGCUAUGUGGAGCUGGGACGUCGAGUGUGACACUUGCGCUAUAUGCCGGGUCCAAGUGAUGGAUGCUUGUCUGCGAUGCCAGGCUGAGAGCAAGAAAGAUUUUUAUGGAAAACAGGACUGCGUCGUCGUCUGGGGGGAGUGCAAUCACUCUUUUCAUUACUGCUGCAUGUCACUCUGGGUCAAGCAGAAUAACCGUUGUCCCCUGUGUCAACAGGAGUGGUCAAUUCAGCGUAUGGGAAAAUAGCCGAACCAACAAGUGUCGUUUAUUUGCCUAAACAAUUAUGCGCGCGCAAUAACGUCAAGCUUCUUUCUUCCGUGUAUUCGUUUCGUUUUUAUUUUUCGUACAACCAUUUUCGUUGUAUUUUUGUCCUUCUUUUUUACAUUCCUAAUUAGUUUCUUUUUUUUUUUUUUUCAUUUUGCGUCAACUUCCUCGACUCGAACUCUGGGAUGGCUCUAUGACGGAUGUAUAAAUUACCAAGUUUAUGUUAUAAUGCGUUGAGAUAAUUUCUUGAUUGUUAUACGAGAUGAUUUUCAUCUAGGACGGAGGUAUAUAUGGGAAUAAAAAUCGUUUUAAUUCGUAGCAAAUCAUUGAUUAUAAUAAAAUGAGUUAUACAGCCUACGAAUAAGAGAUUUUAUUCCCGACUCAACCGGAAUGUUCACUUGUUUUACUUUUAUUUUUUUAUUCCCCGUAGCUGCGGGAAAAAAGCAGCACUUUGCUCCCAGAUUUGUUAACCUCAUACUUUCCGCAAAUUUGAAUCGCUGACUUUAUUUCCUUGUUACACAAUGUACUAUUAUGGUAAAUACACUACAUGGGAAAAAUGUAAUGUAGAUUUUACAUUUAUUCUUCUGAAUAUAUAUCGACAACACUUUUUUGGAGUCAAAUCUACCUCAAUUAUGGUAGAUCUACUUAAGAAUAUUGUAACUCUUACUAUUGGUUUUGUAACUCUUAUUAUCGGAAUUAUAAAUCUCGCCACAAUUGCUGUAGAUUGACUUCCAAAAGAGUGCAAAAAAUCUACAAUAUUUUUUUUUCCAUUUAGGAUUAUCAUUAUCUAUAGGUUCUCUUUCUCUGUUCGUUAUCAUUCAUUUUAAAUCUUCCGUAUCUGUUUUUCAGAAAAAAAUCUCCUUCGUUAAACGGUUGUACAAAUAAGAAUACUGUAAUUGCAAGUGUGAACCCUCGAUGUUGACAAAACUUACAAUUAGUUAGAUGUACAGUUUUUUAAUUAUGUUCAACGUUUUUUUCAAUAAUUAUCAUUUCUACCUGAAGUUAACGCUUAUACGUGAUAAAUUUAAAGAGAAAAAAGCGUGGAAUCAAUUUCUAAAGAAUGAAAUAUCCCAUUAGUCAUUUUACUUCAUUUCCAACGUAUUUUGAUCUAGGUUAUUCCAAACGGUAAAAUACUUGAUAUAUUUCCUAAUAUCGCUGGAAGUAAUUCAAACUGUUAUAACCCAAUCAGAAACAAAGAAUAAUGUUCAAUUUACUGUUGCAUGAAAAUUGCAAAUAUAACCCAAGAACAGCGCAUGUCACAAAAUGUGCUAAUAUGUUCAAUAUUUUUUUUCUUUUUUUUUAAUUUAGGGUUCAAACAUUUCGACGGCACUUCUUGUUUUCGUUUAUAUCGAUGAAUUAAAUUUGCAGACUGAAAAAACCUCCACUUUUUUCUAUGUGUGCAACAUAUCAUUUGUUCUUAUCGUAUAUUCAAGCAUAAUAUUAAAUCUUCACAUUGCCAGACUCAUUAGCAACCGUAACUAUUGUGAAGAACUUUUCAUGGAGUAAAUCAAACUAUUCUCGUACGACGUCUGCUGUUUUAUUCGAUUUAGUUUGUUACUUAAUAACUCUGAAAAUUACCAUAAAUACUUGAUUACGGUAUCGAUGUACCCAAAAAAAGGUUCUCCGUUGAAUGAACUGAAAAACAGAUAGUUAUCGCAUAAAUAUUCACAAAGAGGAAAACUCUUCCUAAAGGCAGCACUUAUACACUACGUAAUUAAAUAUUAUACAGAAAAGAA